AUGCUCGCGCCCAGGAUGACGGUGAGGUGUUAUUCCCGGAGAGAGGAUCUCUCACAAAAGCUGACGAGGUUCAAAGCAUCCCCAGGAGGCAGUGGAAGAGCUGGAGGAAGCAACACCAACAACACCAAGAGCGGGGUCAUCCUGGACAUCUCCUCUUUGACCAUGAACGAGCUGGACUCCGAGGUCCUUCCCCUGCCACCCCGUUAUCGGUUUCGAGACUUGCUCUUGGGGGACCAGAGCUUCCAAAACGAGGACAGAGCAGAAGGAGAGAGUCGCGUUUUACAGUUGACAAUACAACAAAAAACAAAGCUAUUUUUCAUUUAAAAUUCUCACUCUAGCCUGAGAAUACGCCUGUUUAACUUCUCGCUCAAGCUUCUGACUUGCCUUCUUUAUAUCGUCCGCGUUCUGCUGGAUGACCCGGAACGGAUAGGAUGCUGGGAAUGCGAGAAGCACAUCUAUUCCUCCUUCAAUCAAUCGUCGUCGGAAAUCAACUGGGCUCCCAUUUUGUGGGUGGAUCGAAACAAGCCGUUGUGGGCAAUACAAGUCAGUGUGGCUAUCAUUAGCUUUCUUGAGACAAUGCUUCUGAUCUACCUCAGCUAUAAGGGUAACGUUUGUGAGCAAAUCUUUCGUGUUUCGUUCAUCCUGGAAAUGAUCAACACCGUGCCCUUUAUUAUCACGAUAUUUUGGCCACCUUUACGGAAUUUAUUUAUCCCCGUGUUCUUGAAUUGCUGGUUGGCAAAGUACGCUUUGGAGAACAUGAUAAAUGACCUGCAUCGAGCAAUACAACGGACUCAGUCUGCCAUGUUCAACCAAGUGCUCAUUUUAAUUUGCACCCUGCUGUGUCUGGUUUUCACUGGAACCUGUGGCAUCCAGCAUUUAGAAAGAGCUGGCGAAAACCUCUCGCUUUUCAAGUCCUUUUAUUUUUGCAUCGUCACCUUCUCCACCGUCGGCUACGGGGACGUGACCCCCAAGAUCUGGCCUUCUCAGCUGCUGGUGGUGAUCAUGAUAUGUGUGGCCCUUGUAGUCUUGCCUCUGCAGUUUGAAGAGCUGGUGUACCUGUGGAUGGAACGGCAGAAGUCAGGAGGAAAUUACAGCCGCCACCGGGCCCAGACGGAAAAGCAUGUUGUGCUUUGUGUCAGCUCCCUCAAGAUAGAUCUGCUUAUGGAUUUCCUGAAUGAGUUCUACGCUCAUCCCAGGCUGCAGGACUACUACGUGGUCAUCCUUUGCCCUACAGAAAUGGACAUCCAGGUGCGCCGGGUGCUUCAGAUUCCCUUGUGGUCGCAGCGGGUGAUCUAUCUCCAGGGAUCUGCCCUGAAGGAUCAGGAUCUCAUGCGAGCAAAGAUGGACAACGGCGAAGCUUGCUUCAUUCUGAGCAGUCGAAAUGAAGUGGACCGCACAGCUGCCGAUCAUCAAACCAUCCUAAGAGCUUGGGCGGUGAAAGACUUUGCUCCUAACUGUCCCCUCUACGUUCAGAUUUUGAAGCCGGAGAAUAAAUUCCAUGUCAAGUUUGCAGAUCAUGUGGUCUGUGAAGAGGAAUGCAAAUACGCCAUGCUGGCCCUCAAUUGUGUCUGCCCAGCUACCUCUACUCUUAUUACCCUUCUCGUCCAUACCUCCAGAGGGCAGGAAGGCCAGGAAUCUCCAGAGCAGUGGCAAAGAAUGUACGGGCGCUGCUCGGGCAACGAGGUCUACCACAUCCGCAUGGGCGACAGCAAGUUUUUCAUGGAGUACGAAGGGAAGAGCUUCACCUACGCCUCCUUCCACGCUCACAAAAAGUACGGGGUCUGCUUGAUGGGCGUGAAGAAGGAGAAUAAGAGCAUCCUUCUCAACCCGGGUCCACGGCACAUCAUGACCGCAUCUGAUAUCUGCUUCUACAUCAACAUCACCAAAGAGGAGAACUCGGCCUUCAUCUUUAAG